GCUCUAGGACCGAGGAGCUGAGUGCAGGGAGACGGGGCCUCCUGCGGCAGCAGCCGCGAGCCAGGGAGCCGCGGGCCGGGGCUGAGAUGAACGCGGGGCGCUCGGGAGCCACGAGGACCCAGCUGCCGGGGCGGCGGCGCGGGGAGCAGGAUGCGGCCGCCCGUAAUUAAAUAGCAUUUACUCUUAUUAUUACUAAUAAUAAUAAUAAUAACGUAAUCAUACCUCUAGUCAUAGCAUACCACUUAUCGGGCUCGGCGCAGGCCCGCGGGGAGCGCAGCCCGGCCGAGAGACUGAUGGAGAGGCAGAAACGGAAGGCGGACAUCGAGAAGGGGCUGCAGUUCAUUCAGUCAACCCUCCCCCUAAAGCAAGAGGAAUAUGAGGCCUUCCUGCUCAAGCUGGUGCAGAAUCUGUUCGCCGAGGGCAAUGACCUGUUCCGUGAGAAGGACUAUAAGCAAGCCCUGGUGCAGUACAUGGAGGGGCUGAAUGUGGCCGACUACGCUGCCUCCGACCAAGUGGCCCUGCCCCGAGAGCUGCUGUGCAAGCUGCAUGUCAACCGGGCCGCCUGCUACUUCACCAUGCUCCUUCCCCAGGGUCUGUACGAGAAGGCGCUGGAAGACAGCGAGAAGGCGCUGGGCCUGGACAGCGAGAGCAUCCGCGCGCUCUUCCGCAAGGCGCGCGCCCUGAACGAGCUGGGCCGCCACAAGGAGGCAUACGAGUGCAGCAGUCGGUGCUCCCUGGCGCUCCCCCACGAUGAAAGUGUCACCCAGCUGGGCCAGGAGCUGGCGCAGAAGCUGGGGCUGCGAGUGCGGAAGGCGUACAAAAGGCCCCAGGAGUUGGAAACCUUUUCUCUCCUCAGCAACGGCACUGCAGCUGCCAUGGCAGAUCAGGGAACUUCCAAUGGAUUGGGGUCCAUAGAUGACAUCGAAACAGACUGCUAUGUGGACCUUCGAGGAUCCCCAGCCCUGCUUCCCUCCACCCCCACGAUGCCCCUGUUCCCUCAUGUCCUGGACCUGCUGGCUCCCCUGGACAGCAGCAGCAGGACCGCCCCCAGUACAGAGAACCUGGAUGACUUCUCAGAUGGGGAUGUCUUUGGUCCGGAGCUGGACACCCUCCUGGACUCGCUGUCUCUGGUCCAGGGUGGCCUGCCUGGUGGCAGUAUGCCCAGUGAGCUGCCCCAGCUGAUUCCUGUGUUUCCUGGAGGGACCCCGCUCCUGCCACCUGUGGUGGGUGGCUCCAUCCCAGUCUCCAGCCCGCUGCCCCCUGCUUCCUUCGGCCUUGUCAUGGACCCCUCCAAGAAGCUGGCUGCCUCUGUGCUGGACGCCCUCGACCCCCCAGGCCCCACACUGGACCCCCUGGACCUGCUGCCGUACUCAGAGACCCGGCUGGAUGCCCUCGACAGUUUUGGGUCGGCCCGAGGCUCACUGGACAAACCUGAUUCCUUCAUGGAGGAGACCAACUCACAGGAACACCGGCCUCCAAGCAGCACUCAGAAGCCAGCCCCAUCGCCGGAGCCCUCCAUGCCCAACACUGCCCUGCUCAUCAAGAACCCCUUGGCUGCCACCCACGAGUUCAAGCAGGCCUGCCAGCUCUGCUACCCCAAGACAGGCCCCAGGGCAGGUGACUACACCUACCGCGAGGGCCUAGAACACAAGUGCAAGCGGGACAUCCUGCUUGGGCGGCUCCGCAGCGCCGAGGACCAAACCUGGAAGCGCAUCCGGCCGCGGCCCACCAAGACCAGCUUUGUGGGCUCCUACUACUUGUGCAAAGACAUGAUUAACAAGCAGGACUGUAAGUACGGGGAUAACUGCACCUUCGCCUACCAUCAGGAAGAGAUCGAUGUGUGGACUGAGGAGCGGAAGGGCACCCUCAACCGUGACCUGCUUUUCGACCCACUGGGGGGUGUCAAGCGCGGCAGCCUCACCAUCGCCAAGCUCCUCAAGGAGCACCAGGGCAUCUUCACCUUCCUCUGCGAGAUUUGCUUUGACAGUAAGCCUCGGAUCAUCAGCAAAGGCACCAAGGACUCUCCGUCAGUCUGCUCCAACCUGGCUGCCAAGCACAGCUUCUACAACAACAAGUGCCUGGUGCACAUCGUCCGCUCCACCUCCCUCAAGUACUCCAAGAUCCGCCAGUUCCAGGAGCACUUCCAGUUCGACGUCUGCCGCCACGAGGUACGCUACGGCUGCCUGCGGGAAGACAGCUGCCACUUCGCCCACAGUUUCAUCGAGCUCAAAGUGUGGCUGCUGCAGCAGUACUCAGGUAUGACACAUGAAGACAUCGUUCAGGAAUCCAAGAAGUACUGGCAGCAGAUGGAAGCACAUGCUGGGAAGGCCAGCAGCAGCUCGGGUGCCCCAAGGACACAUGGGCCCAGCACCUUUGACCUGCAGAUGAAGUUUGUGUGUGGCCAGUGCUGGAGGAAUGGGCAAGUGGUGGAGCCCGACAAGGACCUCAAGUACUGUAGUGCCAAGGCCCGUCACUGCUGGACCAAGGAGCGGCGGGUCCUUCUGGUGAUGUCCAAGGCCAAGAGGAAAUGGGUAUCUGUGAGGCCACUGCCAUCCAUCCGCAACUUCCCACAGCAAUACGAUCUCUGCAUCCACGCACAGAAUGGCCGCAAGUGCCAGUAUGUGGGCAACUGCUCCUUUGCACACAGCCCAGAAGAGAGGGACAUGUGGACAUUCAUGAAGGAGAACAAGAUCCUGGACAUGCAGCAGACCUAUGACAUGUGGCUGAAAAAACACAACCCAGGGAAGCCCGGGGAAGGGACCCCCAUCAGCUCAAGGGAAGGCGAGAAGCAGAUCCAGAUGCCCACAGACUAUGCCGACAUUAUGAUGGGCUAUCAUUGCUGGCUCUGUGGCAAGAACAGCAACAGCAAGAAGCAGUGGCAGCAGCACAUCCAGUCCGAGAAACACAAGGAGAAGGUCUUCACCUCCGACAGCGAUGCCAGUGGCUGGGCCUACCGCUUCCCCAUGGGCGAGUUCCGGCUCUGUGACAGGCUCCAGAAAGGCAAGGCCUGCCCAGAUGGGGACAAGUGCCGCUGCGCCCAUGGCCAAGAGGAGCUCAGUGAGUGGCUGGACCGACGGGAGGUGCUGAAGCAGAAGCUGGCCAAGGCCCGCAAGGACAUGCUUCUGUGUCCCCGGGAUGACGACUUCGGCAAAUACAAUUUCCUGCUGCAAGAAGACGCGGAGGCUGCUAGUGCCGCCCCAGAAGUUCCUGCUGCUGCUGCUGCUGCCGCCACCACCACCACCACCGCCACCACUGCCACCACCACCGCCGCAGAGUAGGGGCCAGGUCUCAGCUGUGGGGAAAAUCCUGGGGUGGGGGUGGGGACAGCAGGCGUGAUGGAAGGGCUAGGCUACUUGGGGGUAUGGGGUGCCCUCCUUAGGCAACCCCUAGCCCCUAGGGUCCCUUCCAUCCUCUCCACCCUCACCCCCCAGGUGUGCAUCCCUGGUGCACAUGCUGUGUCCCCAUAUGGUCCCAGGGUCCUUGUCCUGCUGACAGCUGGACAGCCCCUCCCCCCAACCCCCCCCUCAUGGUUGGGGAGGGAGGGGACUGGCUGACCCCUCCAGCUUCAGCCUACAGCUUUAACUUCUGUCUGCUCCUAGAGGGGGCCCAAAGCUCAGGGCUGGGGGGCCUGGGGUCCCCACUUGAAUCUGCAGCAGGAGGGUCUUUUCCUCCUCCCCUCCCUCCAGCUCCCUCCUUUGGAGGCAGAUCAGGAUACAACAGAGGGCAAGAGGCCCUGAUUAGCUUUAAAAUGCAGCCUCAGGGUGGGGCCAGGUACAUUUGCCCUGGGCCUUGGUUUCCCUUCUGGUUGAAUCAUUAGAUUGGAGGGCUGGAUAACUGCCCCCACUCCCGCCCCAUUUCCUCAUAAGCCACUAGCAAGAUUAUACAUCUCCACCCUUUGGAGUGGACCCAGCCAGAGCCCCACUUUGCAGAAAGGAAAACUAAAGCCCAGCAGGAGGACUGAUCUGGCCCAAAGCCUUCAGUUACCCAUAGGAGCAGAGCUCAGAUAAAAACAGUGGUCAAAAGUUAUGGGAGCAGCCAGGCUCAGGGCAGGGCUGGGACAGUCUGGGAAUCAGAGUUUGGCUGGGCCUCGGGCAGAUCCCUGAAGCUAAGGGAGGGCCCACAUCAGCACCCCUGCAACAAAGACAGUCCCCUCCUUAGGAAGGCUGUGGGACUGCAGCAGAGUUAGGUCCCCAUGGCUGCUUAGGGAGAAGCGCGUGGAACCACACGCUUGGGUUCCACACUUGGCAUAGCCAGGGGCAGGGGUUGGGGAUGUGAAAAGGGAGGCUCUAUCCUGGGCUUCAUGAGUGACUCCGGGAUGGGACACAGUUCCGUCCACUGAUCCAAGACCCAAACGUCUCGUGAUGCCCACCUAUCCCAGCCCUUCCCCAAUUCCCUCCCCCUGCCAGCUGCCUGGGACCCCAGCUGACCUCCAGCCCCUGGCCCCCCAGGCCUCUCCCCUUGUCUGAUGUGUCUGCGUGCCCCCAUUCUAUCCCACCUCAUGGGCAGCCCAGCCUCCCCUGAUCCCCAGACAUUCCAGAAUGCUCCACGCCAUUGUCACAAGGCAUGGGGCACCCCCGAAAGGAAUCAGGGGCUAAGGCUGGGGGGAGUGUGUGGAGAGAAACAACACCAGGUAGCUUUCCUCCAGCAAGGAUCCACAGUAUGCGUGAUGGCGUAGUGAGGGGCACCCUGGCGAGGGGACCCUGUUCGUCCUGCCACAGCUGCCCAACCUUGUCCCAGUAAUCGUGGCAUGCACCCUUCCUCCCUCCCUACCCCCCCCCCUCCCCCUGGUGGGCCAGCACUGCGGAAUGUGGGUGCUGACAGUGUGAUUGGCAGGAGGGAAGACCACAGCCAAGGUGGGGCGCUGGCCAGGAACGUGGAUGAUACUUGUUCUCCUGAUCUGUGCUGUUGCAGUCUGUCGUCACCAGCCCUGUUUUUAGUGUGUAUAUAUGUCGCCCUGUGAUACAUAUAUACACAGGUAUUAAAUAUAUCACUCUAUAUAAUAUUAUAUAUGUGUGUGGUAUCCAAGGAUUACUUCUAAUGAGGGCUAAAGAUAAACAAUUUGGCCAGAAUAUGCAGCCAUCCUCAUGUGACUAGGAGGGAAUUUUGGAUCAUCAGGCUGUUUUCAAAGAGUUAGUGACUGGAGUUGGGCUCAGCGGUGACCUGGGCCCUCUGCUGCCUGCUGGUUUUCUAGACCAGUGCAGAGGGAACCAGAGGGCUCAGAAAAAGGGAAUGAUUUGUGCCUGUCCCCCAAGGAACAGGACAAGAGCCCAGUGUUUUCAUCUUGAGGCUCUUACCCCAUAGGCCACUGGGAUCUGGGGCUCCCUGGCCUGGCCUGGCCAGAGCCAGACCCCCAUGGGAUAGGAUAGAGCAGACAGCAGAGAGUGGUGAGAGUUGGGGGACAAGAAAUCUCUGUUAAUGAUGAGAUUAUGUCAGAUGCAACCGCUCUCUAGGUCCCUGGCCGGGAGACAGGUCUAGGGCCUAUGCCCACCCACAGUGGGCGGGGAUGAGAUGGCAUGGCAGGACUGGGCCAGGGUAGGCUGAGGGGAUGCUGCAUUUCACAGCUGGACAGUAAUCAAUUUAAUGGUCCUUUUAAAAUGUCUGUGUAUUAAAAUUUUAAGAAUACCACACUUUAAUAUUAAAUAUCAUAAGGUCUAGUAUCUUGAUAAUAAUGUAGAUGUUUUAAUAACAAUUUUUGUCCUUCUUAAAAUAAAAUGAAAGAAACUUG